GUCCCCCACCACGACCACCGAACGUGCCCUCACCAUGGAGGGCAGCAACUUAGCGCCGUACUCCCGCUCAAUAAGCGGCACCGCGCCCGGCGCGCUCGACCCGCGGCAGCCGCAGCGCCUCCUCCGCCACCCCGCGUCGCGCCUGCUGUUCGCGAGCUUCGACCCAAGGACGGCGUUCGCGACGCCGCCGGAUAUGUCAAAGUUGUCGCUGAAGGAUGAGCUGAAUCGGCCGAAGAGGGUGGUGGUGGAGGUGGGCCCGAAUGGGAAGAGCAGUUGGCGGUUUGUGCCGAGGGCGAAGCGCGAUGCGGGUGUGGUGGAUGAGGGGCAGUGGCCGAGGGUUAUCGAUAUUUGCGGAGAACGCGUCCUGUGCACCGAGGAGCAAUGGGAGAUCUAUAAGCUCGAUCCCUUCUACGAAUGCGUCGUGCACCCAGAAGGCACGCUCACCACCAUCACCCCUGUCCCCCAAUCCCCCACCGAAACGAAAGAUGACGCGCUCUUUGGCAAGAAGCGCGUCUAUGCAGAAGACUACUCGCGCCCCUCGAAGCGUUUCCGCGCUGGCGAGCCCGAACCAUCGCCCAUGGAGGAUGACGCGGAUGAUGAACCUGCGCCUCCUCCCAAGCGCGCACGCUCGCGGUCUGUGACGCGCGAUGCGAAGCGGCUAAGGCCAGGGUUGGAGAAGCUCAGGCGGCAGAAAGCGACGCAACAGCGACCAGACAACCAGCAGAACGAGGAGAACCUCCCCGAGGCCGCUGCCUCUGACCACGACGACGUCAUGGAGGACUGGGUCCCGCCAAGCUACCACCCCAGCGAUGCGACGAAGCGCGGUCGCGGGGACUCGGAGGCGCAUACGCGAGAAGCGUCGCCCGAGGUUGCUGGGGAGGCGCACGACACCAGCGAUCGCACGCACCGCACGUACGAGCGGACGAAACCCAGCAAACGUGCGCGGACAACGUCACCUACAGCGGCGAGGCGGAAUGUGCAGUCGCAGCACUCGAUGCGCGAGAAGAUGAAGCGGGCGAAGUUGCAGGCGGAGGCGAAGGCGCGGGCUCAGCAAAGACACGCUGAAUUUCUGCGGGGCGCGUUCGGUGACGCGGCGCCGGAUGUGAAGUAUGAGAACGGCUUCACGAAUGGGUUCACCAACGAUGCUGGUGCCACAAAUGGCGUGCACCACGACGAUGACCUACCUGAUCUGGAUGAAGAGGACGAGGACGAGGUGGACGAACUGUUGUCUGACGACCAGGACGAUGAGGAAGCCGCGCGCCAGGCGGCAAUUGAGGAGUCGCGUCGAAAGCUUGCAGAAUUGGAGAAAGACCGCCCGCUAUGGGAAGAGCAGGCACGGAAACGCGCACAGAGCGAGCAGGUGGAAGCCGAAAGGAUACGGGUCACUGCGGCACAGCAGGAGACUGAGCGCAGACAGCAGGAGAAAGCGCGGCGGAGGCAAGAAGAGGCGAAGAGAAGGCAGGAGGAGGCAAAGCGAGAGGAGGAGAGGCGACAGAGGGAAGAGGAGCUGAGGCGUCAGGAGGAGGCUCGCCGCCAGCAGGACGCUGCCCGCCGUGCUCGCCAACGCCGCUUCGCAUACGGUCCCUGGUCGACCGCGCGUGCCCUCGAGCGCUACCGCACUCUCGCCGACGAGUUUGACCGCACGAAGUGGACCGUGGAGACUUCGCCUUUGACCUUCGAGGACGUGCCGUGGCCGGUGCUGCACUCGCCUGCCUCUGGCUUCACUGUCGAGGACGUGGACUGGGCGUCCGUGGAGGCGUUCUUUACGGCGGUGCGCCCGAGUAUGCGGUCGCAGGACUUCCGGACGUUCGUACAGAAGAGUCAUCUGCGGUUCCAUCCAGAUCGGUGGCGGUCGAGGGGGUUGUUGAGGGCGGUGGUGGACGAAACGGAGAGGGAGUGUUUGGAUGUGGCUGCAAACACUGUCGCCCAGGCAUUGACACCGAUAUGGAGCGAGUUGAAGGGCCGCUGAUCAGUGCUCACGACGGUGUGGAGGAUCAAAAUCUAUGUGCACGGAACAGGAGGAUUUCAGGUUAUCACGCAAGGAAAGCGUCCAUAUGUAUUGUAUCUAUUCUCAUCCCCCGCAAACGGAAUGGAACUGCUAGCAGGCCAGCAGGCUCGGGCUCUACCUGUCAGUGG